UUGUUAUUGAAUAUACUUUUUGACAUAUCAAAACGCUUGUCGAUCGAAAACAAUUUGGUAAAUAAAAUUUUAGAAGAAAAUCAUUGUUUUAGGUCUCGAAGUAUAAAACUAUGAGUGUUUUGCGACGAGAGGUGCUGGUGUGCUUCAGAAAACUACAACGCACGAAGGAUAAAGUAUUUGCCGGUGAUCGAACAACCAUCGAGGCUGCACGGCAAAGGAUUCGAGAAGAAUUUCUGAAAAACAAAGAGCUUACCGAUGAGAAAGAUAUCAAAGAAAAGAUAAAUAUAGCCAAAGACGUGGAUGUAGAACUACGCAGCUCUGUUGUGCAAGCGGUUAAAGUUGAGGAAAACGUCUACCAGGCUGUAAUUACGGAUGAUACAAAGAAACUGAACAACACAAUGUUUGAUCCGAACGCAGAGCUACCGCCUCCGAGGAGUAAAAAAUGUGGGGAUGCAAAAAGCAAAGUUUAGCUUUAUUGGGUGAUAGUUAUCAAAUUGCAAUGUAAAUAAAAUCCAUUUCAUCUGUUCAGUUAGUUGAAAAUAAAUAGUUUGUUGAUAUGUUACACUGAUCAAAAAA